AUGUUUAAGAAACCACCACAGGUAAAACCAGCAGCUAAUAUCAAAUCAUCUGAUCGUAGAAAACUCCUAUCUACAGUAUGCAAGACAUAUAACCUACCAAUCGAUGAGAUUGCUAAAGAAGGAUUGGACAAUCUAGUGCCGCCAAUCAGUAAAAAGGCAAGCUUCACAUCACCAGUGGAUAAGAAGUUAUCGGGAACGAUAUACUUUGACUCCAACGAAGUCCCCUCUUGGUUUCAAACCAGAGACUCUCAGUUAUAUCCUUCGCUUUUCACAUGUUGGAAAUGUCCUUAUAUUUUACCCUUGGUCAAAACACAUGAACCUGUGAUUGGAGUGUUAGGUAAAGGGGCGGAUUUGAUGUUGCCGGGUACCAUCCCGCCAUUUGACGAAAGGGCAGUCAAGAAUGCAGUUGUUGGUAUUGUUUCCAAGGAGAAGCCAAAUGUGAUUAUGGCGGUUGGGGUAUGUCGUUUGAACUUGACUCAGUUUGAUUAUGUUGUCGGUAGAUCAGGGAUGGCAGUGGAAAUAAUCCAUCAUUUUGAUGACGAAUUGAUGAAAUUGAAUAAGGAGAUAGAUGUGGUGAUACCAGAAGAAGUGGAUGCAGAAAUACCAAAAGUUACAAAGGAAGAGGAGGAGGAACUGGUGGAGACUGAUGGGGUAGAUAAGGCGGAUAGAGAAGAGCCAGAAAGUGAAAUACAAAAGGAAGAAACCACCAGUGCCCAGCCAGAAGCAAUAGAGACUGGAGAGGUCAAAACUGAAAUUGAAAAUGUUGCUGAAGAAUUGGCGCAAUUGACAACAGAAGAAGUAGACAAUUUUUUUAUUCGAUCAUUGCUACAAACCAUCAAAUUGGAAAACAUCGAAUUACCAAUUAAUGCAUCAACAUUUAUGUCGUCAUAUAUAUAUAAGAACUUACCUAUAUUAGGUUCAACAUAUGCUAAUAUCAAGAAAACAUCAUGGAAAAAGACAUCCAAAUUUCUCAAAGCAAUGGCUAAAUUAUCGUAUUUGGAAGUCAAGGGAAAAGAUGAAGAUUUAUCAAUAAUCAAACUAAUGACACGUACCAACCCCACAAUUGAGAAUUUUGUGCCUCACAAGAUCAACAAGGUUAAAAAACCAACUUCAUCGGGGUCGUCGGAUGGUAAUGCAUCAUCAUCAAUGAUGAAGAUCACCACCUUGUAUAAACCAACAAGCAAAUCACGCAUGUUUUUCAAUAAGCUCAAUGCCGAAUUUGAUCAUUUGUACACCUUGCCUGAAUUGCGUACCAUGUUCAACGACUACAUCAAAUUAGCCAACUUGGUUAACCCAGCCAACCCCAAACAAAUUAUAAUUGAUGAAAUCAUAUCGAAACCAACCAACAAACCAAUCGAUUCACAAGCACCACGUGAUCAAAUAUUCACUACAUUCUUAACAAACUUCACACCUCAUUAUGCAAUCACUUCGAAUCAGUAUAGCCAUUUAGGUAAAGGAACACCACCAAAGAUUCACAUAGUUACUGAAAUGAAGAUUGGUCGAAAAGUAAUUACUCGUGUGGGGAAUUAUGACAAAUUUUUCAUUAAACAAGGUGCUUUUGCUGAAGAGUUGCGAAAAUUAUGCUCUGGAUCAACAACUAUUGUUGAUGAUGAACAAGUUCAGGUUCAGGGACCACAUGGAAAUACAAUUAUCAAUUUGUUGAAGGAGAAAGGUGUGCCUUUGGGAUGUAUUGAAUUUGAAGAUAAGGUGAAGAAGAAAAAGAGAAGGUGA